CCGACACUGCUGCUGCCGCCGCCGCCCUGGGAGCCCCCCACCACCGCCAUGGGACCUCCGCAACAGCCGCUCCAACCGCCGCUUCAUCCGUGGGCCAUGUCGUGAUCCGUGGGCUCCGCCAGCGGGUUUUCUAUCCGUGAGCGAAGAGGAGGAAGAGGGGAGCAGGAGGAGGAAGAGGGAGUGAAGGUGGUGGUGGUGGUGGGGGAGAUGUUCGCCUCCGUGGGCCCUCGGGGGGGCCCGCGCCCACCCGUCGCCCCGGCCAUGCCGGAGCCGGACCUGAGCCAUCUGACAGAGGAGGAGAGGAAGAUCAUCAUGGCUGUGCUGGCUCGGCAGCGGGAGGAGGAGGCGAAGGAGGAGGCCAUGUUAAAAGAAGAGAAGCCUAUCCAAGCAAGAACGGUGAAUCUGGUGGGCCAGAAGAAACCUCCGCAGCAAAAUGACGUCCGAGGAAUCCAGCAGCAGUUGUCCAGCUACAGGGAGACGGUGAUCCGGCAGGCCUCGGUGGCGGCGAGCUCUGCCGUUCACCGGGACGACGCUCCAACCUGUGGCAUCUGCCACAAGACCAAGUUUGCAGACGGCUGUGGGAACCUGUGUUCAUACUGCAAGACCAAGUUCUGUGCACGCUGUGGGGGGAGAGUCUCCCUGCGAUCAAAUACGGAGGACAAAGUGGUGAUCUGGGUGUGUAAUAACUGCCGGAAGCAGCAGGAGAUCCUGACCAAGCCAGGCGAGUGGUUCACCGGUCCGGCUGGGAAACCCGCUGGCCUCGGUUCAGCUGUCAGUGAACCGUCUGUGUGCCAAACAACAGGUGACAAGAAGCUUCGGUCCCGCUCCCAAGCACCUCCGGGAUCCACCACCGCAAUCCAAGACCCCAACCGACCUGGUGCACCUGGGACCACACCUGGCACAGAUGCUAGGUCACGUAGCGAACCACCAAGAGACACGAGAAAUGGAAAGGGUCGAGGAGAGCGCCGUCAGCCCAGACUACAGACUCAGGUCUCCAUGGACCGGGACCUCAGGGGGGAGUCCAGGGAGCGCAGGGAAGGUCGGCGGCUGUCAAAGGGACGCUCUCUGGAACAUGAUCCUGUGGGGAGACGGACAGAAGAGGGGGGCUACCACCACAUGGACCACAGUGGUGCCCCCCCUCGCCAACCAGGGCCGGUCCCUCCAGGAGGCCGAGGCCACCCUGUCCCUGCGCAGGGUCGGGGUAUCGGUGUAGUAGGGGAUAUUGGGGAUGGUGUGCGGCCUGGUCAGAGGACGGUGGGUGGGGUUGGUGGGCCACAUGAACACACCCUUGCUCAGCAAGCCCCUCCCCCUGAACUAAGAGAGCCUUCCAGUACAGGCCCUGGCUCAGUGCCUGGUCAGGGACCUGUAGCUAGACGGACCAAAAGGGAGAAGGCUGAGAGUAUGCUGCGCAACGAUUCACUAAGCUCUGACCAAUCAGAAUCUCUACGUCCACCUCCACCGAGGCCAUACAAGUCAAAGCGAGGAGCUGGAGGGAAGAGGCAGACUAGUGUCAGCAGCUCAGAGGAGGAGGGAGUGACCACGCCCGAGUACAGCAGCUGUGAAGACGCUGAGAUAGAAAGUGUCAGUGAAAGAGGUGACUGGGAGUGCUACCCACAUGAUCCCACUGUUUGGCAUCAUCCUGUAACCUGGCAACCAUCCAAGGAGGGAGACCAUCUAAUUGGGAGAAUCACUUUGAGCAAGAGGAGCGCCAGCAUGCCAAAAGAAACCGGAGCUCUGCUGGGGUUAAAGGUGGUGGGAGGCAGAAUAACAGAGUCAGGGAGAUUAGGUGCCUUUAUCACUAAAGUCAAGAAAGGAAGCCUGGCUGACGUGGUGGGACAUCUCAGAGCAGGGGAUGAGGUCUUGCAGUGGAACGGGAAGCUUUUACCAGGGGCAACAAUGAAGGAAGUUUACAACAUCAUUCUGGAGUCCCAAGCCGAGCCCCAAGUGGAGCUGGUGGUAUCUAGGCCCAUAGGGGUGUAUAGAAAAUAUCAUGAUAUCCCAAGAAUCCCAGACACGUCCCACCCUCCAUUAGAAUCUACAGGUUCCAGUUCUUUUGAAUCCCAGAAGAUGGAGAGACCCUCCUUAAAUGUCCUGUCUCCCUCCAGUCCCGGGAUGCUCCAAGACGCUCCACAGUUAAUGCCAGGGCAGCUCUCAGUGAAGCUUUGGUACGACAAAGUGGGUCAUCAGCUAAUUGUCAACGUGCUGCAGGCUGUCGAUCUUUCUCUUCGCCCCGACGGACGGCCCAGGAGUCCCUAUGUCAAAAUGUACUUCCUCCCUGACCGCAGUGAUAAGAGCAAACGAAGAACAAAAACAGUAAAGAAGACCUGUGAGCCAAAGUGGAACCAGACGUUUGUCUACAGUCACGUCCAUCGGAGGGAUUUCCGCAACCACAUGCUGGAGUUAACUAUAUGGGACCAACCUCGGUCACCAGAGGAGGACAGCGCUUUUCUGGGAGAGAUCCUUAUAGAGCUGGAGACGGCCUUACUGGACGACAAGCCUCACUGGUAUCCACUCCAAACUCAUGAUGUCUCAUCCAUCCCGCUGCCCCGACCUUCCCCAUUUUUGCCCCGACGAAACACAGAAGUCCCUGGCAAGAAGCUGCAGCCAGAUGGGCGAGGCAGGGAGAGGCAGCGGGAGCCCACGUCUACCCUAGAGGUGCCAGAUCAGCAGAGGACACCUGCCCAUCACAUACGAUCCCGCUCAGUCUCCCCACACCGCGAGGAACAGGGGAGAAUCCGGUCACGGCCAGCCAACGUUCCCGCCCAAAGGAGUUUGGAUGAUGAGCUUCCUUACACUCGUCGUUCUCGUUCUCCAACCCGCUACCAUGAUGCUGCCCGAGGUCGCCACCAGGAGGAGUACCUGGACGACAGUGAGGUCAUCAUGAUCCACCAAUCAAUGCGAGGCAAAAGUGCUGAGUGCCUCCACACAAGUGAUCUGCAGCCUUCUCUGGACAGGGUUAGGAGCGCUAGCACCAACUGUCUGACCCCAGACAAUCAUGCCCCCACACCAGAGACUGAAAGAAGAACUUUGUCCCAUUCCCUGCCCCGGAGACGUCCUGCGAGUCCCAGGAUUCUUAUCCAACAUGCUUCCCCUGAAGAUGACAGGGGCCACCUCCAAGGUGGUUCGUCUCUUUCCUCCUCAGUGACAUCCUCUUCAGCCCGCAGAGUACGACAACUCCCACAGCUUCCCCCUCAGAGCAGCACCGCAGAACAAGCCCUGGUAGCAGAGGAGUGUGUUCGUCAGCUCCAGAUGAGGGUUCAUUCCAACCGAGCGUCAGCUGCCUCCACUUCCAGCCAACAGGACCUGGACCGAACCCUUAAGAACAAACGGGAGCUCUACAAGGACCAGAGGCGGAGCAGUGAAAAUGUUUCCCAUAAGUCCUCAGACAGUGAUGUCAGCGACGUGUCAGCCAUCUCUCGUACCAGCAGUGCCUCUCGCAUCAGUAGCACCAGCUACAUGUCCAUCCAGUCAGAGAGACCCCGGGGACGCUUCAGCAGGGCCAUGCGUGCAACAGGCCGCCACAUGAUGAAGAGCACUAGUGUGAGUGGCGAGAUCUACGGCAUGGAGCACGCCGAUGGUAGCCAAUCAGACACGGCCCUGGGUAGCCUGGGAAGUGGGAUUAAGAAGCGGCGCUCGAGCCUCAGCCAACGUGUUGUAGCCAUCCUUCCAUCCAGACGCAGCCGGAGUACCUCGCAACUCAGCCAGACAGAGGCGGCGGGUAAGGCGGCGGACAGACAGAAAGAGGCGACAGCAGGAAAGAAGGCGGGCAAGGGUGGCAGCAGCAGCAUCCAGAGGAGCGUAGAGACGGGCAUGGCCGUGGAGUACCCGCGGGGAGGGUCAGGCAUGAACCGGCAGGCUAGCAGAGAGUCGACUGAUGGCAGCAUGAACAGCUACAGCUCUGAGGGGAAUUUGAUCUUCUCAGGUAUGCGGUUAGGUGCUGAUAGUCAGUUCAGUGACUUCCUGGAUGGUUUAGGCCCCGGUCAGCUGGUCGGCAGACAAACACUGGCAACACCUGCAAUGGGUGAUGUUCAGAUUGGUUUGAUGGACAAGAAAGGCCAGCUGGAGGUGGAGGUGAUCAGGGCACGAGGCCUUACCCCCAAACCAGGCUCCAAAUCCCUCCCAGCUCCCUAUGUCAAGGUGUACCUGCUGGAUAAUGGAACAUGUAAAGCCAAAAAGAAAACCAAGAUUGCUCGAAAGACCCUGGAGCCGCUCUACCAGCAGCACCUGCUCUUUGAUGAGAGUCCGCAGGGCAAGGUGCUUCAGGUGAUAGUUUGGGGCGAUUAUGGACGAUUGGACCACAAAUGUUUCAUGGGUGUAGCACAGAUUCUAUUGGAGGACUUGGACCUCUCGAGCACGGUGAUUGGCUGGUACAAACUGUUUCCACCAUCCUCAUUGGUGGACCCUACAUUAGCUCCGCUCACGCGGCUGGCGUCUCAGACGUCAUUGGACAGCUCAGGACCACCACCGGGCGUUCGGUCCUAGUGACCGAAUGGUGACCACAACCCCCACCCCAAAUAUCCCUGAAAUGACAAAAUAAUGGACCAAGCUACUGGACCAGAACUGAGCAGAGGGCCAGAUCACGUCCUGAGGACGACGACCAGAAGCCCUCGGUCAACCAAUGAAAAGCCAGAUGGAGCGACAGGGAAUGAGAGUGGGAAAGAGAGAGGGAGAGACAGAACUAGCCAAUCAAAGCUUAGCUGGAGUCUGACAAUCAUGUCUCACACCUUCCCUCUUCCUCCUCCGUAUGCCUUUCAGUUUCAAACUUUGCUUUCUCUGUUUACUUCUCUGAGCUGCAGCAGGAGACUUUUCUGUCCAGCAUCCUUCAGUCCCCUCUAAUGCUUUUCUGUCUUUCUUUUCUCCUGACAUUUCUGUGCAGCCCCUUUCAGAGCACCUGUUCAAAGUGGAGCCCUCCAACUAGUAGCCCACCAGCCAAUCAGAGCAGAGCUUACUGCUAGGCCACAGGGAUGAGUGGUGAUGAAAGUGUGUGAGUAAGUCAGUAGCAUUGAAGGCAGCUUCCUACAGCUGUACCAUCACUUUACAGUAACCUGAUGUCUUUAUGGUGUUACCAUGAUAACACUGUUGAAAAUGAUUGGCAGUGGUUUGGCGAACUCUUCAGGUGAAGGGAGACUGCACGUGGACGUGCACAUUCUUAGCCUUGUUGUGAUUCAUGAAAGCAAGCACAAGAGAAGCUUGACUCGUAGACAGAGGCAAACAUAGGUUUGCUCUUUGUCUAAACAAAGAUCAGAGAAAACAGAGGCCAAUGAUGAUUUGGUUUUAUUUAUUUAUUUUUUUUUUGCUUUAUUCUUUUCAGUCUUUGUUUUGCCCAAAGUUCAGAAUGGUACCAUAAGGUGCAGACUCCCUCUGUGUAUGUGUAUGUUUGGUUUUCGAGCGAUGUUGCGCCAAAGGCCGACCAUAAAGGUCCGGUCAGAUUCGCCCGAACAUCCUUAGCCCAACCCUCACCCCAUCCCCGGUCUCCUCCCCUUCCUCACCCCUCUAACUCCCCCUGUAGGAGGGAGCAGCAUGACUCGGGGACGCCCCGGAUCGGCCCCCAAGCUGCAUGCACGUUUAUUUUGUUCUGUUUGUUUCGUUUUUUGUUUUGUUCUCUACUUUUUUGUAAAAUAGAAGACGAGACAAAUUAACGAACAAUUCUCAAAAAAACAUAAACAGAAAAAAAGACUAGACUAUGUGUGUUAGUUCCACAUACUUUUAGGCCAGCUUGUAUGUUGCAUGUUCUUGUACAGUUUGCUCGUACUGAAUAUGAAUACAAACAGAGAAAAGCCAAGCCAUCCCCGCCCCCUAACAGGAGCGGACCAAUAGGGGGGGACAACUCCACCCAGGCCACGCCUAUCACUCUGGGUCUAAAUAUACAUAUUAGGAAGUCUCCGAAAAAGAAAAAAGUCUUUGUUUUUUUCUUUGAACCCUCUGAACAACAGUGCUGUUCUGUAGUACUGAGCAUACUCAGCCCCUGGCGUAUCUGCGGGUGUUGGUGUCUAAACUGUAGUUUAACACAGUUGGGGCUAGAGACAGAGAUAGAGAAUGUGUGUAUAACAGCUAAAUGUAUAUGAAGUAUCAUUAUGAGUUUGACAGAAAUUAUAAAGAUAUAGAUAUAUGAAUAUAAAAAGAGUGUAUCUGACUGUACACCGUCACCGACACGCACACAUGCACACCUUGUACAUACAAACCAGGAUGAGAGGCUUGAACUUAAGUUACGAACAAAUCUAAACAUUGCUGACACACAAACAUUCCUGGUCUCGUAGAAGGGAAUUUGCGUCCUGUGGAUGUGCUCGAGCCGCUGAGCGGCCCUGAGCCACAAGGGGGCGCUUAUAGGCCUUUAUUUUUGUCCUGAUUGCAGAAACAAACACAAGUAGAACCAAUUGGAACAAAGUUUACUUUCUUCUCCUUAAAUCCCCUCUCCCCUUUAUGAUUAUAUUGGUUUGGACUGGACUUCUAAAGCCAAUAAGAAAUCUAAUUUUGCAGACAUAUUUUGCGGAUGUUUCUGUUGAAACCCUUGGCGGUGUGGCCGACUGCCCUUUCCUUUGUCAGUAUUACUCCAGGAAUACUGAUUGUUUACAGCCCAUGGCUCCCCACUCCCAAACCACAAUUUUAGACGAAAGACUAAGUAUUCACUGCAACAGUUCUUGUUUGUAUAACAGAUGUGGC